AUGAAUGGUCUCCUUUCGCCAGAGUUUAUACCAGUAUCGAGGAGCAACAGCGAUGCCUCUCCACGCUCAAGCACAUCUGGUCGCCGUGAGUCUAUUCUGGAAGUCGUCAAGAAUAGGCUGCGCUCUUCUUCAAAUGCCAGUAUGGCAAGCAAUAAGUCACAGGCCGUAGAUUUCUCCGACGUUGAAAACUGGUUCAAUGGUUUCCGACAAUAUAACCGUUUGAUCAGUAUUUCCACAUCAACGCAACCAGUUCCAACCAAGGAGAUCGAGAAGGCCUCAAAAGUGCUAUCAAAGAACUGCGGUGGCCAAUUCAUCCACGGAAUACCAGAGUCAGUGUUUGAUAUUGCACUACUUUGGUGUCCCGCAGGCAUAUUGGAGAGGUCCAAUCCUGAGGAACCAUCCUGGAGUUGGUCUGGAUACACUGGAACCGUCAACUUCCCAUUUGACCCCACAAGCUGCCCAGAUAUCUAUAAGCUCCCACGGGGCGAGGGAUCAUGGUUUCGAUCAGAAAUCAAGCACUUUACAGUUGGACCUUCAGACCAUAAACAGAGAUACACGGUCCGACGGGACAGGAAGAGCAGUGCCCUACGAGUCGACUACCAAACUCCGUUCGAUACACCACAUGGAUCAUACCCAAGCAUCGAAUCAGACACAUUACAUUUCUCCGCAUCAACGAUAUCCGCCGAACGAUUCGACGUUAAGCAAAUAGAACACAACGGCAAAGCAAUCCCAUGCUCCCAUCUCAUCAACGACAAGGACCAGGCUUGCGGCGUCAUCAUGGACUACGAGUCCUCCCUACUAACCACACAUCACGAGGGGGAUUGGGAGUACGUACUGCUAUCCCGCAAUCUCUGGCGCGAACCUUCGCCAGACAACCGCAGACCCAGCCUCAACACCAUGCACCCAUCCGGCACGCCCAUCUGGGACGGUGAACGCUUCCUCUGGGAUGCACAUGUGGGCGAAUGCGACGAAGAGCAUUUUGCGGUCGGCGACUGGAAGAUGCUAAAUGUCAUGUUGAUCAAGUGGGUCGACAACGGGAAGAAUGCCGAACGUGUGGCUAUUGCACGCAUCCAUGAAGAUGCGUGGAAUGCGCGGAGUCCGAGGCAGAAGGAAAUUGUGUUGAAAUGAAUCACCUAUUUUGCUGUUCGAUAAUAGACGCGCGGUCACGGAAGAUGUGACUCUUCUUUUUUAUAAUGUGCUUGGCAUAUAGCACGGUCCCGAGGUGUUUUUUCCUUCUCAUAUCAGCAAACAAAAGACUGAUUUUUCUAGUUGUACUAGUAAGCGAGAAAGUUGGGUUCGGUGUACUACUCUCCCAUGAUACCACACUAUCCUGCGUAGUCAGGAUUAGAAAUAUAUUGAUUUGCUGUUC